ACCCCUCUUAUCCAAAAUGUCCAUCGUCUCUCUUCUAACUCCUCCUUUGUUUAAGCUCCGCUCGUUUCCCUCCCAAAACACUGUCGUUUACGCGGCUGCUACCUCCACUGCAGAGCCCAAGUCGCGAAGAAAGAAACAGCAACAACAGCGACUAGAUAAAAGCGAUGAUUUUGGAAUACUCGGUGCCGUCUCUGCCGCAGAGAAGAACUUGCGGUUCAGCUUCAUGGAGGAACUCAUGGAACGCGCGAGAAAUCGCGACUCGGUCGGUGUAUCGGACGUCAUUUACGACAUGGUUGCUGCCGGUUUAAGCCCCGGCCCGCGCUCUUUUCACGGUCUCAUUGUCGCUCACGCUCUCAACGGCGACGUCGAAGGCGCGAUGCAAUCGUUGAGAAGAGAGCUUAGUACAGGCAUUCGCCCUCUCCACGAAACAUUUAUUGCUCUGAUUCGUUUGUUUGGUACCAAGGGUCACGCUACUAGAGCGUUAGAGAUCCUCUCAGCAAUGGAGAAGUUAAACUAUGAUAUUCGCUUCGCUUGGAUAGUUCUUGUUGAGGAGCUUGUUAAGAAUAAGUAUUUGGAAGAUGCCAAUAAAGUGUUCUUGAAGGGCGCCAAAGGUGGGCUUAAGGGUACAGAUGAGCUCUAUGAUCGAUUGAUUGAGGAAGACUGUAAAGUUGGGGAUCAUUCUAAUGCUCUUGAAAUUUCCUACGAAAUGGAGGCAGCUGGGCGAAUGGCAACAACUUUUCAUUUCAAUUGUCUUCUUAGUGUGCAGGCUACUUGUGGAAUACCUGAAAUAGCUUUUGCAACAUUUAAGAACAUGGAAUAUGGAGAAGCAUAUAUGAAACCUGAUACGGAGACAUAUAACUGGGUGAUCCAAGCAUAUACAAGGGCUGAAUCCUAUGACAGAGUUCAAGAUGUUGCUGAGUUGCUUGGGAUGAUGGUUGAAGACCACAAGCGUUUGCAACCUAAUGUGAGAACUUAUGCGCUGUUAAUAGAGUGCUUUACCAAGUACUGUGUGGUACGUGAAGCUAUUCGGCAUUUUCGUGCACUCAGAAACUUUGAAGGAGGAACAAAAGUAUUACACAAUGAAGGGAACUUUGGCGAUCCACUUUCUUUGUAUCUUCGGGCUUUAUGUCGAGAAGGUAGGAUUGUUGAAUUGCUGGAAGCUUUAGAAACUAUGGCCAAAGAUAACCAACCUAUUCCACCAAGAGCCAUGAUACUGAGCAGAAAAUAUCGGACAUUGGUUAGCUCGUGGAUUGAACCAUUGCAAGAAGAAGCUGAACUUGGAUACGAGAUUGAUUAUGUUGCUAGGUAUAUUGCAGAGGGUGGGCUUACUGGUGAACGCAAGAGGUGGGUACCCCGAAGAGGAAAAACCCCUCUAGAUCCUGAUGCGGCUGGAUUUAUAUAUUCAAAUCCGAUGGAAACCUCAUUUAAGCAAAGGUGUCUUGAGGAUUUGAAGGUGCAUCAUCGAAAGCUUUGGAGAACCUUACAGAAUGAAGGUCCUGCAGUUUUGGGAGAUGCAUCUGAAUCUGAUUAUCUGAGAGUAGUGGAAAGACUGAAGAAAAUAAUUAAGGGUCCUGAUCAGAAUGUUCUAAAGCCUAAAGCUGCAAGUAAGAUGGUAGUAUCAGAAUUGAAGGAAGAGCUAGAAGCACAGGGUCUACCAAUUGAUGGAACUAGAAAUGUUCUUUACCAGCGAGUGCAAAAAGCAAGGAGAAUAAACCGUUCUCGGGGUCGACCCCUUUGGGUUCCUCCUGUGGAGGAGGAAGAAGAAGAGGUUGAUGAAGAGCUUGAUGAACUAAUAUCUCGGAUAAAGCUGGAAGAAGGAAAUACGGAGUUCUGGAAGCGCCGGUUUCUUGGAGAAGGCUUGAAUGAUAAUCAUGUUAAGCCUAUGAAUAUGAAUAAAUCAGAACUUUCAGAUACAUUGGAUGACAUUGAUGCUGCAGAAGAAGAUGUUGAAAAAGAUGUUGAAGAUGAUGUUGAAGAUGAGGAAGCUGAUGAUGACGAGGAAGUAGAAGUGGAAGUGGAACAAACUGAGAGCCAAGAAGGAGACAGGGUUGUUAAGGACAAGGAAGUUGAAGCUAAGAAGCCUCUUCAAAUGAUUGGAGUCCAGUUAUUGAAGGAUUCUGAUCAAACAAAUAGGACAUCAAAAAAAUCAAAAAGAAGAUCCGCUCGAGCAUCACUGGAGGAUGACGCUGAUGAGGACUGGUUUCCUGAGGAUAUAUUUGAAGCUUUUAAGGAGCUAAGAGAAAGAAAAGUUUUUGACGUACAAGACAUGUACACGAUAGCUGAUGCUUGGGGUUGGACAUGGGAGAGAGAAAUAAAGAACAGGCCUCCACAGAAGUGGUCACAAGAAUGGGAAGUUGAGUUGGCAAUUAAAGUAAUGCUGAAGGUAAUAGAACUCGGGGGAACUCCCACCAUUGGGGAUUGUGCAAUGAUUUUACGUGCAGCGAUUAGGGCUCCUAUGCCUUCAGCUUUCUUGAAGAUCUUGCAGACGACACACAGUCUAGGUUAUGCAUUUGGGAGUCCGCUUUAUAAUGAAGUAAUCUCGCUGUGUCUCGACCUUGGGGAACUAGAUGCAGCAAUUGCCAUAGUUGCAGACAUGGAGACUACUGGAAUCACUGUCCCAGACCAAACACUUGACCGGGUGAUUUCUGCAAGACAGGGAACUGAUAAUAAUGUUAUUGACACUGCUUGACAGGCGGUUGAAGAGCAAUUGUAAAAUUCUCCCAUAAAAAUGAAGAAGGGAAAAAAAAAAGGGCAACGGGUUUGACCUUGGAGCCAUUCCUUUUAUACUGAGGUGGAUAUACUCGGUUCAAAAAAAAAAAAAAAAAAA